AUGAAGCGAAUCGUAUUUGUGCUAUACCACUUAGCAAUCGCGUACUGGAUGAUAAACGAAUAUGGGGAUAUGAUAAGAAAGGAAUAUAUUCGGUCAAGACAGCGUAUCACUUGGCAGGUACAUUUCUUGGGAAAAGUCAAGAAUAUAAAGCCUCCUCAAGUAGAUUGGAAACUGGCUGGAAAAGAUUGUGGCUUUCAAAAGUUACACCAAGAAUUCGACUUCUUAUGGAGAACGUGUGUAAACAGCUUGCCCAUUAAGGAAAAUCUGUAUCGCCGAGGCAUUGAUGCGGGAUCUGUUUGUGAGAUUUGUGGCUUGAAUUGCGAGUCAAGUGAUCAUCUACUGCUACACUGUACUGAAGUGGUUAAUAUCUGGAGGUAUGGCCCUCUUCGCUUGGACUCGCAUCUCCUUAAUAGCUCUUCUUUUAAGCAAGUGGUUUGGUCUCUUUUGGAAAAACUACCCCACGAAGCCUUUGCACUUUUUGCUUGUACUGCAUGGAAUAUGUGGAAGAGGAGAAAUGAAUUUUACUUUGACCAAAAAGUUUUUAACUGGGAAGAAAUCCUUUUAUUGGCGCACAAAAAUUGGAUGGAAAUGCUUGACACUUUUGAAAAGAAUGCUGGAAAUACAAUUGAACAUUGCAGUUUGCAGAAAUGGGAACCUCCUCCAUCGGGCACUCUUAUGAUGAAUAGUGAUAUAAAUGUUCUCCAGAAUGGUCGUUUUGGAUUGGGGGUGAUCUUUAGAGAUGAAAAAGGGGUGGUUGUCUUUGCUUGUAAGACCGAACUUAGAAUGGCUGCGUCAACGACAUUGAUGGAAGAUAUUGCAAUUCGGUAUGGUUGUCUUUGCUUGUAA